AUGGAAACCAAGUCCAAACAUCCAACACCACUCCCACGGAUCUGGGGUCCCUGCUGUGAGCGCUGUGCCGGGCUGGCGCACGCUGAUGAUGUCACAGACGGGGACCGUGUACAGCUGACCUAUCGGGGGCGGAGCUUCAGUGUUAUGCUAGUCUGUGUUCGUGUCUCUCUGUUGGACCACGGGAGUGUGAGGGUUGCCACGGAAACGACAGAGGACAUGAGGGGAAUAUUUAAAGGCAUGUUUGUGAAAGAGCUGGCACCUGCUAAAAGACAAGUAGAAAAUGGUGUAAACUCCUCCCCUGGUUCUGUCGGACCUGUCGGGCCCCUGGUUCUGUCGGUUCUGUCGGGCCCCUGGUUCUGUAGGUUCUGUCGGGCCCCUGGGCCUGUCGGACCUGUCGGGCCUCUGGUUCUGAAUGAGACCUUCUGUCUGAAGUCCAACAUGUCCCUUGCCAUCUACCCGUCUGGAAGAGCGGAUAUGGAGAUGAUGUCAUAUCUGCUGGCCCCAGUGAUGCCGGGGAAUGAUGGCAUCAUCCCGUGCCCCAUCGACGACUUCAACAGAACCGGGAGCCCACUCUGGUAUAAAGACAAGAGUAGAGCAGUCCUCCCGAUUGGUAGAGGGCGCUAUCAUUCUCAGCUGGGAGAGAUUCUGAUCAUUAAACACUUCUCUGCCUCGGACUCGGGCUUCUACACCUGCAGAGUAACCGUCAGCGUGUUCAGCACCCUCUACAACAUCAGCCGGGUCUCCCGCGUGCACACCACAGGAGAAGCUGCCCCCACCUUCCCACCUGCCACCAUCAGUGCCAGCACACACACGCCAGAGACUGAAGAUGGUUAUCCACGUAUUAUCUUUCCCACAAACAAUUCAGUGUUUGAGAGUCACUUUGGGUCCAGUCUAGUGCUGCGCUGCACUGUGGUCACUGGGAACAGAUUAACUGCCUCCACUCAGGUCACAUGGUUGGUGGACGGCCAAUCACCAUCAGAUCUGACCCCCCGGGUGUUCCAGAGAGAGUUGAGGUUAACAGGUGGACAACUGGAGGCGGAGCUUGUCAUCCUGGAGGUGAGGGAGGAGGAGUCACGGGCGGAGUUUAGAUGUGUCACUCAGAACUCAGCAGGAAGUCAAGAGGUGUAUGUCCAGCUCCAGAUGGCAGAUGAGGGCAGUGUGUGGUUAGCCGCAGGCCUGUUCUGUGGAGGCUGCUUUGUGUGUGUGCUGAGUGUGUUCCUCUACCACCUAUGGCCACGCCCCUCACUCAAACACAGAGACUACUUCCUCACCCGCCAAGACAGUGUGUUUUAAUAACACACACACACACACACACACACAUACACAC